GCAGCCAUGGACUUCAACAGCUUGAAGGAUCAAGUGAGCAACCUCACGCUCUACGAUCUGAAGGCGGGAUUCCGCAAAGCCCAAAAUGCGGUGAUGAACUUCACUGAGAUGGAGGCCAAGGUCCGCGAGGCGACCAACAACGAGCCGUGGGGUGCCUCGUCGACGCUGAUGCAGGAGAUUGCCAACGCGACCUUCAACUACCAGUUGUUGAACGAGAUUAUGCCCAUGAUCUACAAGCGCUUCACCGAGAAGGCCUCGGAGGAGUGGAGGCAGAUCUACAAGGCGCUGCAACUGCUCGAGUUUCUGAUCAAGAACGGCUCGGAGCGGGUCAUCGACGACGCGCGCUCCCACGUGUCGCUCCUCAAGAUGCUCCGGCAGUUCCACUUCAUCGACCAAAACGGCAAGGACCAGGGCAUCAACGUGCGGAACAGAGCCAAGGAGCUUGCCGAUCUGCUGGCCGACGUGGACCGCAUACGACAGGAACGCAAGAAGGCACGCGCGAACCGCAACAAGUUUGGAGGCGUCGAGGGCGGCAUGGGGCUGGGCGGCGGCUUCUCCGGCAGCGGAGGCAGCAGCAGGUACGGCGGCUUUGGCAGCGAGUCAGCCGAGUACGGCGGCCACACGGGCGGCGUCUACGGCGACGGGGGUGGAUUCGGCGGGCAAGACGCUAGCUUCAACGAGACACAACAACGGCGCGAGCGAUUCGACGAGUACGACGAGUACGACGAGGGGGAAACCGCCGCGAGCCCGGCCCGCCGAAAGGAGCCGGCCGCGAGCUCGACGAGAAGAGAGGGCAAGAAGGCGGAGCCGCCAAAGCCCAAGGAGCCCGAGCCCGUUGUCGAUCUGCUGGCGUGGGACGACGAGCCCGCCCCGGCCGCCAGCUCUUCGUCAGGAAAGCAGCCAGCCGACGACGACGACUUUGACGACUUCCAGUCUGCGGCCCCGGCGCCUGCUGCGAAGCCAGCCGGCUUUGGCAUGGCUCCCCCGGCGUCGACGUCGACCAUCGGCUCCACGACGCAGUUCGCCGCCCCGCAGCCUCAGUCUGCCGCGCAGAACAGCAACCUGAACGACCUGUUUGCCACAGUAUCGCCCGCACCAGCGGCGAACCGCAUUGUGUCGCCCCCCGCGCAGCCUGCGUCGAUGGCCUCUGGCUUGUCGCAGCCGCCCAAGUCCACAGGCUACCAGGCCACGGGCCCCAACUACUUCACGUCGGUCCCCCAGCCUGCGCUGCAGUCGGGCGUGUCCACACCAGGCUCGGUAAAAUCGCCGGGAGGCAUUGGAGGCGGUGCUCCCAAGAAGGCCGGCGGCGACGCGUUUGCGUCGCUGCUGGGUGGUGUCUCGAAGAAGCCGCAGACGCCGACACAGAAGGUCACAAUGGGCGACCUGGCAAAGCAGAAGACAAGCCAGGGCCUCUGGGGCGCGCCGGGCUCCAGCUCGAGCACGCCGGCCGCGCAGUCGCCUCAGUCGGGGUCAAAGCCUGCUGGCGGCGCCCUGGGCGACCUGCUUGGCUGAGCGGUAGCGGGCUCGAGGGCGAGAGUGGUGCUAGACAAACUACGACGAUACCAAGUUGCCAUCAUCCCAUGCAGUACCGUCCAUGCAGUACCGUCCAUGCAGUACCGUCCAUGCAGUACCGUCCAUGCAGUACCAUGCAUGCAGUACCGUCCAUGUAGUACCAUCCAUGCAGUAACAUCCAUGCAGUAACAUCCAUGCAGUAACAUCCAUGCAGUCAUCCCAUGCAGUCAUCCCAUGCAG